GAGGAGGGAGGAGAGAGAGAGAGAGAGAGAGAGAGACAGAGACAGCAACGAGCUUGAGCUCCAGUGCAAGAGCUUUCUGCUCUCUGACUCGCGGCUGCGCGUGUGAUAUUUUCCGCCCGUCUUCUUGGUUUCGAUCGCCGUCCUUCCUUCUCAAUGUCGCUCCCUCACGUCGGAUCAAGCGUCGACUCGAAAGAUGACCGCGAAUGCGAAAGACCCAUCUCCACCAUCGUCUUCAUCAUCGCUAUGGAUGCCGAGGCUCUUCCUAUUCUGAAAAGGUUCAAUCUUGCUGAGGACAGCACGUUUUUUCCAGGUCUCCCUUGGAUUCGGUACCAUGGCCUUUACAAAGAUUUGCAACUGAACGUGAUUUGGCCAGGGAAAGAUUUAGUUCUUGGUGUUAAUAAUAUUGGGACUAUUCCAGCAGCACUCGUGACCUAUGCAUCUGUCCAGGCAUUGAAGCCAGACCUCAUCAUAAAUGCAGGCACAGCUGGUGGCUAUAUGUCGAAAGGAGCAGACAUCAAGGAUGUUUUUCUUGUAUCAAGUGUUGCUUUCCAUCAUAGAAGGAUACCUCUUCCUGGUCGGGAUUCGUAUGGAGUUGGCCGGCGACAGUCCUUCUCAACGCCUGUUCUUUCUGCUGAGCUUCAACUGAAGGCUGGAGUACUAUCCACUGGUGACUCCUUUGAUAUUUGCCCACCGGAUGAAGCAUUCAUCGCCGCUAAUAACGCAAACCUUGUAGACAUGGAGGGAGCAGCUGUUGCCUAUGUGGCAGGUCUAUUAAACGUCCCCUCUAUAUUCUUGAAAGUUGUGAGCAACGCUGUUGAUGGUGGCAAGCCAUCUGUAGAGGAAUUUCACCAGAAUUUGGCAGUGGCGACGUCUGCCCUCGAUCGGACAGUUGCAGAAGCUGUGGACUUCAUCAGUGGGAAGUGCCUGUCUGAACUGUCCAUCUCUGAAACAUCUUCUGUGGGCUCUACGAGAUUGUCCUGACUAAAACUAUAGUUGUUUUAGUUGCGCACUUGAUCUUCUCUUAUUUGAAUGUUAUCGCAGUUUGCUCAUUCGUGAUAUAACUGUUGAAUCACUGGGAGUCCAGAGUCUUCAUGAUGGAUUCAACUGGUGAAGCACACAGGCCAUAGACUGCUCACAAGCCAUCCGUUGCAAUGAGCCAAAUUCGGCCUGAGGCACCUCUAACUUUCCUCAUAAAUGAGACAUAUGUCUCGUAUUUCACUGAGAAUGCUAUCAAUGCUGUUGAUCAUUCCCUGAAAUGCAACACCAGUCUGCUAUUUCUGAAUGUGAUGAGACUUCAAUGUGGACCAAAGGCCAGAAUGGCAUUAUUCAAGUAUCAUGUUGCUCUUUCAUCUCUA